CUUUUACUUUCUAAAACUUACAACUCCACAGCCCCACGAUAUAUGAACAGUUGCUUCUCGUCACUUCAGCUGAACUAGGAUGACUGUUCUGAAAUUUGUUAUUAUUCUGCUUUCAAUUUCCCUGGCAACUGCUGAGGAGAAAUCCAGGUGUAAACUGGAUCUUGGUUUGUUGGUUGAUACGACAAAAAGUAUUAAAGAAGUAAACAUACCAAAACUGGUAGCAGCACUUAAACACCUUGUUCAAAAGUUUGACAUUACCGGCGAUGGAACCCACGUGUCUUUGGAGACAUUCUCCAAGCAGGCUACGCUUCACAAUAAAUUCAACGACGAGCAAUAUCACGGUGAGGACGCCAUACUUGAAUUGAUAUCAAACAGCGUCAACAACCUCGCCCAACCCACUCGACUGGACAAAGCACUCAGGCUUGCUAAAGACGAAAUGUUUAAAGAGGCCAGUGGACAGAGACCGGGCGUCAGGAGUGCAAUGGUUCUGUACACGGAUGGAAGAUCACAUCCUGAUACCGAAGACUUUUAUCUGGAUAUUGUUGCACUUAAGAUGAGAGGUGUCCGUAUAAUCGUGGUCGGUAUCGGCCCUGACGCCAGGAAACCUAAAUAUCGCCAAGUCCUUGACUACAUUGGAGGCAAAAAUCUAUUUUUUGUGGACGACUAUAAAAGCCUCGACGAUGCAACUAAUGAUAUUUUAACUUUGAUCUGUCCACCUGAUCCUUGCGAGAACUCAAAGGGAAUGGACGUGGCAUUUAUAAUAGACAAAACCAGCAGCCUGGGAGUGCCGAACUUUUUGCUGCUCAGAGGUUUCCUUCUCGAGCUCGUUGCCGCGUUGAACAUCGGUCCAGACGCUACACACACUGGUAUAAUCACUUUCAGCAGGAAACCUAAGGUCCUCAGCGAUUUUGCAAAUAGCGGGCUGUACAGUAACGAAGCUGUACACGACUUCUUGGCUAAGAUUUCCGUCGUCCUUGGUGACCGUACUUUCACAGAUAAAGCUCUAAUGGCCGCCGCAGGAAAACUGUUUACUGAGGAGGGAGGUGACAGACCAGAUUUUCCAAAUGUUCUGAUCAUCUUGACGGACGGAAGAACCAAUCCAGCAUCAAAACCCUUCUCUACGAUCAUCCCUCUUCUGGAGGCAAAAGACGUCCGUAUUGUUGCAGUAGGAAUUGGUCAGUAUGAAGAUUUCCAAGGCCAACUGGAAGAAAUCGCCGGGGAAAACGUUCACAACGCAAGCAACUUCGACAAACUGUCAGAUCUGUUCAGUGACAUUCUGGCUGAAACGUGCAGUGUAGAUGGCGGUUUUACCCGCUGGAGUCUCUGGUCUGAAUGUGAUGCACGCUGUGGAGGUGGAGUUCAGGCAAGAACACGAAACUGUACCAACCCUCCCCCCCAAGGAAACGGGAAGACCUGUGAUGGCCCUUUGAAGGAGACCAGACCUUGUAAUGAACAGCCGUGUUCAGAUGUGACUUACUCAGCCGAAGAGGAUAUUGUCAGAGUUUAAGCCUCUCCAACACAAGAAGGAUUUGGAAAAACCAAAACAAAUAAGGUGUUAUUCACGCAGCAGUCGAGUGUCAUGGGAACCGGGCAGCAUUAAACCAAGCAGCUUUAAAAUUUUAGCCAUUACAAUUUGAAAUAGGGUUUCUUGUUACGUAGGGUGUGGUUUGGAAAUUGUC